AUGGAGCCUGAAAGCUUGUGGGUGAAGGUAAUAAAAUCGAUUCAUUCAAACCAGAGGAAAGUAGAAGCAAUCCCGUUUAAGAAAUCCUUGACGGGUGUAUGGAAGAAUAUUGGCGACAUAGAAAAGGACUUCAUAAAAAAUAGCAUCAAUAUCAAUACUAGUUUAAGAAGUAAAGUCAGAAUAGGUGACAAAACAUUGUUUUGUGGGAUACAAUUCCCAAACUUAUACCAAUUAGCAAACAAGAAAAGAGCGUCGGUGCUGGAAAAUUAUAGAAUAUUAAACGGAGGGAGGCUGUGGGAAUGGGCCUGGUUAUCGGCUCUGUCAAGUACUGAAGAUAAACAGCAGAUAGAUAAUCUAAUGGAGCGGUUACAACAUCAAGUCUUGCCUCAAAACAACGAUGUAUGGGUGUGGAAAAAUUUUGAGCAACAAGAAUUCAGUGUAAGGAAUGUAAAGCUUUCACUUGGUCAAAAUUUAGAUCUAAAUUUACCUCCGAAUAUGUUUACUUGGAACAACUGGGCUACUAGCAAAAGUGUGGCAUUCGUUUGGAGAGCUAUUGAAGAAAAAGUUCCUACAGCAGUGGCACUUACAGGGAGAUGUAUGAACCUACCGGAUGUAUUAUGCAAAACAUGCGGAGCGACGGAAGAGACGGCACAACAUAUACUCAUAGAAUGCAAUUUCGCCAAACGUGUAUGGGAGGCGAUAACUGAUUGGUUAAAGAUUCCAAUGGUAAACACAGAGAGAACUGUAGCGGAAUGGUUGUCGGAAUUAUUGGAUUUACAAAGAAUUCGGAAGAUCAGGAAAGUCAUACACGCAGUUGUUAUUGAAGCAAUGUGGAUAUUAUGGAAAACAAGGAACGAGAAGGUAUUCUCAGGAAGACAAGGAGUACUACAAACGGUAAUAGAAGAAGUAAAGGAAGCCUCAUUCCAGGAGGGACUGAAACAAAGAUCGAAAUAUGGGGCGAUAUCCAGGUCGGAAUGGUGGGAUUUUAAUCUAAGCAUGUAA